GUCCCCGCCUCCCCUGCUCCAGUCGGAGAUCUAGCCUCUCACUGAAUGUUGUGAUGGAAAUCCAUUUUCGUCGUAACCAAAAUGGUGAAGCAGUAGCAUAACAUACAUUGUAAGUGAACAGUGUGUAGCUAAGCUUGAGCAUGGCAGAUAGAAAGGGAAAACCUCUCAGUGCAGUGAAAACAUUGACGAAGAAGGAACAAGAAGAGCUAAAGAAAAAGGAGCAAGAAAAAGCAGCUGAAGUUUUUGAAGAAUUCUUGGCGUCAUUUGAGAGCAGUGACAAAAGCGGAGUGAAAACCUUUGUACGUGGGGGUAUUGUGAAUGCCACUAAAGAGGAGGAAGCGGCGGAGGUGAAGAAGAGUAAGUUGUAUCGUCCUGCGUCCAAGUUUGUCCCUGCAUCCCAGCAUGGCUCACCAGUACAGUCUGCUGAAUCCAAAAAACCUCAGAUAUUUAAAAGAAAGACUGAGGAAAAGAAGAAGAGUAACCUCGAACUCUUUAAGGAAGAGCUUAAGCUAAUACAAGAAGAGCGCGAAGAAAGACACAAACGAAAGAAAAAUGACCCUGGAGGAGGAGGAGGAGGCGGGGGAGGAUAUGGAGAUCUGGAUUUGCCAUUAUCAGGACGGUCAUUGUUAUAUGAUGACCUGACGGUGCCAACUACCACUAACCUCUACAUUAGCUGCAUUAGCCCAAAGAUGAAUGAAGAAAUGCUCUGCAAAGAGUUUGGUAAGUACGGUCCUCUGGCCAGUGUGAAGAUCAUGUGGCCGCGGACAGACGAGGAGCGCUGCAGGACCACAAACAGAGCCUUUGUGGCUUUCAUGACAAGGAGAGAUGCAGAGAGAGCCUUGGCCGCACUUGACGGUAAGGUGGUCAUGGGCUUUGAGAUGAAGCUGGGGUGGGGGAAACCAGCUCGCAUUCCGCCUCAGCCACUCUACACGCCGGUCGGGGUACGGGCCACGCCACCGCCCCCGUCAGGCCUGCCCUUCAAUGCUCAGCCAAGGGAUCGCUUCCGCAACGACUUCACCAAGCCACUGACCCGGUCCAAGGUGGAUUUUGACAAGACUCUGUCCGAAGCCGUAGUCAAAGUGGUUAUCCCAACCGAAAGGAAUCUAUUAGUCCUUAUUCACAGAAUGAUAGAGUUUGUGGUGCGUGAAGGACCCAUGUUUGAAGCCAUAAUUAUGAGCAAGGAGAAGAAUAAUCCAGAUUUCAGGUUCCUGUUUGACAACAAAAGUCAAGAUCACGUGUACUACCGCUGGAAACUCUACUCCAUACUCCAGGGAGAGUCCCCAACUGAGUGGAGGACCACAGACUUUCGUAUGUUCAGGGGAGGCUCCAUAUGGAGACCUCCUGUCCUAAAUCCUUUCACCCAGAAAGAUGACGAGGGAGUAGAGGCGGAGGAUGUUUCUUCCCAAGAGGUGGAGGAGUUGAAGAAAGGGCAGCUCAAAACUGAGUACAGACAGAGGCUGGAGACGAUGCUCAAAGAGCUGACUCCACAGAGAGAAGAUAUUGCCAGUGCCAUGCUGUUCUGUCUCGAGAGAGCAGAGGCAGCGGAGGAAGUAGUGGGACACAUCACUGAAUCUUUUUCCCUUCUUCAGACGCCUCUACAGAAGAAGAUUGCAAGGUUGUAUCUUGUGUCAGACAUCUUGCACAACUCCUGCGCCAAAGUAGCCGGUGCAUCAUAUUAUCGGAAAUACUUUGAAGCAAAGCUACCGCAGAUAUUCGGAGACCUUAAUUCAGCACACCGAAACAUACAAGCCAGACUGCAGGCAGAACAAUUUAAGCAAAAAGUAAUGACUUGUUUUAGGGCAUGGGAAGACUGGGCCAUAUACCCAGAGCCCUAUCUAAUCCAACUCCAGAAUAUCUUUCUGGGCUUUAUCAAACCAGGAGAGGAGUCAAUAGAGAAGGUAGAGGAGGGCUCUCCUGAUCUGGAUGGUGCUCCACUGGAUGGGACACCUAUAGAUGGGGUGCCUUUGGACAGAGCUCCUCUGGACGACCUGGAUGGCUGCCCCAUGGGCUGGGACCCUCUGGAUGGAGUCCCUGUUGACGACAUAGAUGGAGUUCCCCUGGGGACUGUCAUCGAUGACAUUGAUGGGAUGCCCUUGGACGAUGGCAGUGGUCCUCUCUCUGGUGUGCCUUUGUCUAAAUGGGAGCAGAUGGGGGAUACUGAGGCGUUUUCACAAGACAAGACUGAGUCUAAAUGGGACACUGUGGUGAGGCAAGACAGCGAAGACGAUGAGAAUGUCAGUUACAACCAGCAAGACGGAGACGAGGAUUUGGAGAGUGACAGCAGUGAUGACUCCUGCAGUUUGUCCAAAUAUGACAGCGCCGACUUCCAGAGCUCCCUCAGAAGUUUUCAGAUGUCUGAGAGCAAGAGGAAGAAGCUACGAGAGCUGGAGUUGAAGGUUAUGAAGAUUCAGGAUGAGUUGGAGUCUGGUAAAAGGCCCAGGAAGUCUGGAAUGAGUGUGCAGCAACAGGUGGAGCACUACAGGAACAAGCUGCUACAGAAGGAGUUUGAGAAGGACGAGGAGGAAAGGGGUGAGAGAUCCUCAUCAAAGUCCAAAGACAAGUCGAAGGAUGAAAGAAGAGAGAAAGAAAGGAGCAAGAGAAGUGAAGAUGGCGAUCGAAGAAGAGGACGGAGUAGAGACUCAGACGAACAGUCCCAGAAAUGCAGAAGCAUCUCUCCUUCAAAGGGAAGGUCUCCUAAACGGUCUAAACGGUCCAGAUCACCGUCACCGGACAGGAAGGCGAGGAAGUCCAGGUCAAGAUCGAGGUCCCCACAUCGUUCCCACAAGAAGGCAAAGAAGAGCAAACGCUGACCCUCUUCUUUGGACGUUGUCUUUCACGUUUUGUGCUGAAUCAGCCUGUUGGCGUCCCUGGACUGCUCAUCCUGUGGUUUACACUGCAACGCGCCCAACACACUCCUGUCUCCCUCUGCCUUUGACUUGCUCUUCAGAAACAAAACUGACAGCCCAUUGUCCCACUUACCUUGGUCCCGACCUCUCCAGGCAAGAUUCAGUGCAUUAUUUUGUAUGAAGAAGUUUGAACACUGUAAGUAGUUAUAUAUUUUUGUUUUAAUGUUUGUUUUUAAAAUGAGGACUAAUGAGAAUGUUGCUGCAAGUCUGAGACUUAAUAAAUCACUCUUGUGAAGGGUGUGUGUUGCUUUCCCAGA